AGCAUGUUCUGGAAACAAACAGCUAAUUUUCCAUUAAUUUAAAACUUCAAACUCAUUCACAACCACCAUUAAACCAUGUCCACUGUUCAUCUCAAUCUCUCUGUCUCUCUCCCUUUAACUCUGAUAUCAUCUUCUUUUCUCUUUCCAUUGCAAUAACUCAUUCUCAGUAGUGAGAUUUUGGUUUUAUAUUAUCAGUGCUGGUAUUGUCUGUGAUUUUAUUACAUAUGUCUAGGAAGGCGCAUUCCUCAAUCUCAGGACAGAAAUUUCAGAACACUGAGUGAGUGAUUGCUUUGCUGCCACGCCUGUGGAAUAUCUGUUUGACAUCAUUAGUUCUUUCUUGUCAUUCUCUUAUUGAACUAGUGUAUUUUUUUGGUUAGUUUGGUAAUUGAUAGGAAAGGGUGAUGCAUGAAAACUUAGGGUAGUAUUUGAGGAGAUACUGUUAUUGGUGAUAGAUAUUCUUGGUUGAUUGUUCAGAGGGUGUGUGUGUGUGUGAGAGAGAGAGAGAGAGAGAGAGAGAGAGAGAGAGAGAGUUAUGGCAUGGCUUAGAGUUGCUUCCAGCAUAGCAAAGCAUGAUGCCGUUAGGAGAAAUCUCUAUGGAGGUGGAGCACUGUAUUGUGGGAAAAGGGCAACCACAGUUGUUCCAUCAACAAGUAGAAUUAGAAACUUCCACAGCACAGUUUUCAAAUCCAGAGAGCAAACAGCUCCUGUGCCUCGCCCAGUGCCCCUUUCUAAGCUAACAGACAACUUCUUGGAUGGGACAAGUAGUGUCUAUUUAGAGGAGCUUCAAAGGGCUUGGGAAGCUGAUCCAAACAGUGUUGAUGAGUCCUGGGACAAUUUCUUCAGGAACUUUGUGGGUCAGGCCUCCACCUCCCCUGGAAUUUCUGGACAAACAAUUCAGGAGAGUAUGCAAUUGCUGUUGCUGGUGAGAGCAUACCAGGUUAAUGGCCACAUGAAAGCCAAGCUAGACCCUUUGGGUCUGGAAGAACGAAAAGUCCCUGAUGAGUUAGACCUUGCCUUUUAUGGAUUCACCGAGGCUGAUCUCGACAGGGAAUUCUUUCUGGGGGUGUGGAAGAUGUCUGGGUUUUUGUCUGAGAAUCGUCCUGUGCAGACUCUCAGGUCCAUUUUGACACGGCUUGAGCAAGCCUACUGUGGAAGCAUUGGGUAUGAGUACAUGCACAUACCGGAUCGUGAGAAGUGUAAUUGGCUUAGGGACAGAAUUGAGACCCUUACACCUACACAGUAUAAUCGGGAGCGUCGCGAGGUUAUUUUUGACAGGCUUGCCUGGAGUACACUUUUUGAAAAUUUCUUGGCCACCAAGUGGACAUCUGCAAAGAGGUUUGGGCUUGAAGGGGGAGAGAGUAUUAUUCCUGGUAUGAAAGAAAUGUUUGAUCGUGCAUCUGAUCUUGGGGUUGAGAGUAUUGUUAUGGGAAUGGCACAUAGGGGAAGAUUGAAUGUUUUGGGUAAUGUAGUUCGGAAGCCCCUUCGUCAGAUUUUCUGUGAGUUUAGUGGUGGUCAGCCUGCGGAUGAAGCUGGACUCUACACAGGAACUGGUGAUGUUAAAUGGCGCCAAACUUUUCAUUCGGAUGUGGUUGUUGACUUGGUUUGUUACCGUCGAUUUGGCCACAACGAGAUUGAUGAACCAUCUUUCACACAGCCUAAAAUGUAUAAGGUCAUCCGAAACCAUCCAUCAGCUCUUGAGAUAUACCAGAAAAAGCUUUUGGAAUCUGGGGAGCUGACACGAGAAGACAUUGAUAAGAUACAUAAAAAGGUGACAUCAAUUCUAAAUGAUGAAUUUUUGGCUAGCAAAGAUUAUGUUCCAAAAAGAAGAGAUUGGCUUUCAGCAUAUUGGUCUGGUUUCAAGUCACCCGAACAAAUUUCACGCAUCCGGAACACUGGGGUGAAACCAGAGAUCUUGAAAAAUGUAGGGAAAGCAAUCACGCUGUUACCUGAAAAUUUUAAUCCUCAUAAAGCGGUGAAGAGAAUUUAUGAACAGCGUUCCCAAAUGGUUGAAACUGGGGAAGAUAUUGACUGGGGAUUUGCUGAGGCUCUUGCUUUUGCAACAUUGAUUGUUGAAGGAAACCAUGUUCGCUUAAGUGGUCAGGACGUUGAAAGGGGAACAUUUAGUCAUCGCCAUGCUGUAGUUCAUGAUCAGACAACUGGAGAGAGAUAUUGCCCCCUUGACCAUGUGAUAAUGAAUCAAAAUGAAGAGAUGUUUACUGUCAGUAAUAGCUCACUUUCUGAGUUUGGUGUUCUUGGAUUUGAAUUGGGUUACUCAAUGGAAAAUCCUAAUUCAUUGGUGAUCUGGGAGGCUCAGUUUGGUGAUUUUGCUAAUGGGGCUCAAGUUAUAUUUGACAAUUUCUUGAGUUCUGGUGAGUCUAAGUGGCUGCGUCAGACUGGGCUUGUUGUGUUACUUCCUCACGGUUAUGAUGGGCAGGGACCUGAGCAUUCAAGUGGAAGACUGGAACGCUUCCUUCAGAUGGCUGAUGACCAUCCUUAUACUAUUCCUGAGAUGGAUCCUACUCUUCGGAAACAAAUUCAGGAGUGUAAUUGGCAGAUUGUGAAUGUUACAACUCCUGCAAAUUUUUUCCAUGUUUUACGCCGGCAGAUACACAGGGAAUUCCGUAAACCUCUUAUAGUAAUGUCCCCUAAGAACCUGCUUCGUAGUAAGGUUUGCAGAUCAAACUUAUCUGAGUUUGAUGAUGUUCAAGGACAUCCCGGUUUUGACAAACAGGGAACCAGAUUUAAGCGCCUCAUAAAAGACCAAAAUAAUCACUCAGACGUUGAAGGGGGUAUAAGACGUUUAGUACUUUGCUCUGGAAAGGUUUACUAUGAACUUGACGAACAGCGAACAAAGGAAGAUGCAAAGGAUGUUGCAAUAUGUAGGGUGGAACAGCUUUGUCCUUUCCCUUAUGAUCUUGUGCAACGAGAGCUUAAACGAUAUCCAAAUGCGGAGGUUGUCUGGUGUCAAGAAGAGCCAAUGAACAUGGGUGGAUACACAUAUGUUUUACCCCGGCUCGUAACUUCCAUGAAGGCUGUAGGUAGAGGAGGCUAUGAAGAUGUUAAAUAUGUUGGUCGUGCUCCUUCUGCAGCAACAGCUACUGGUUUCCUCAAGGUUCACCAUAAGGAGCAGGCUGAGCUAGUUCAGAAAGCCAUUCAACGAGAACCAAUCAAUUUCCCUUACUGAGGCACAGCAUCUUCAUGCUUUCUGCAGAGUGAAGAAGGCAAUAAUUGGAGGGCAGCUUGGAAAAUUAUUAAUAUUUGUUUUCUUUUUGUCUUUAUGUAGAGGUAGUUUUUCUUUGGUACCAAGUGGUAAACUUGGUCAAUUGUUCUCCAACAGGUAAAAUUUUUCUUAUUGUGAUUAUUAUUAUUAUUACUGACUAGUUUCGAUGUAUAACUACUGUAGUCUAGGUUUCAGAAAUUGGAUUCGCUUUGAGACAGUUUAGACUUAGUUGUAUCUCGUAUGUAUGUACUGUUUGUUCAGUGUAUUUUGCUAAAAAAUAAAGGGAAAAGAAAUCAGGAAUUUAAGUCUGUAUUUUUCCAUCGUUUUUACACGAGACAAGAGUUGUGGACACUGAAGAACAAUCAAUUAGUGGACUCAACCAUGGCUAUGAAUAAGACUUCCUAGAAAGCAAUUUGCACCUGUGAGAAUCAUGCAAACAUGUUUGAUGCUGCGAAGAAACUCUUAUCCCUGUUUCUGCCCAUAUCAUCCAAGGUUUGCAGCAAUGGCUAGCUGUAUCAUUUUGGAAUCAUGUUGCUGCAGCCAAGCUUUUUUAUCCAAGUUGUAAGAAUUUUCAGCUCAAACAGCAAUUUUCUGCCCCUAAGCUUAGGAAAUAGGUAAAAAUAAUUUGUACCACAGCUGAUGAACCUGGUCAAUUUUCUUAUUCAGCUUUUAGACCAUUUAAUUUCAAGUGCUUUUUGUUGUUUUGUGGACAGUCAAACAGGUGAUCGGGAAUAUACUCAGCGACAACCUUUAUUAUGAGUCACUCCUAAGUCCCACACAGAUUAUAGUAGUUAACAGAAACCUGAUAAUAUACAAUAAAACGAACCUCCUAAUACAUCGCAACUCAUACCUUUCUCGGCCUUUUGGCUAAGAUCAAGUGUAGUAUCUGUUCUUAUCAGUUUAAUAUCUGAUAUGUGGACCAAUGGUCCACACGAUAUUAAAUUAAUUUUUUAAAGGGGAAGGGCCAUAACGGUAGCUUGCUACUGGGUCCUUCAAGUGUCGCCCUUGUGUUGCACUAUAGCAUGGGCUGGCACACCCUCUAAUA